AUGGCUGCGACGACGAAUCCCCUUCACGGGACACAAAACUCGUCCGACCUCCCCGUCUCCUCUCGAACCAUCACAAUUGCCGGCAUCCUCGUCGACGUCCAUGGCCUAGAUGAACUACCUGCGUCGCCGUCAUCGGUCGCCUGCCUAUGGCUUCUCAACCCCCGAUUGCAGACGAAAGAGACCAUGGCUCCGAUAGCCAGGCGAGUCAUCUCUACAUGGAACAAGCGCGUACAAGACGGUCGGGCCGGCAAGAACCCGAAAGGUUUAAUCGCUGCUGCAUUCGACCAACGCAAUCACGGAUCACGGAAAGUGGACGAUUUGCAUAACCAAGCUUGGAGAGAAGGAAAUGAAACGCAUGCACAAGACAUGUUUGGAUGCUUCCACGGCACUGCGACCGACACCUCACAACUCAUCAACCAUCUCGAAUCCUACAUCUUCACGGCCAAGGAUAGUCCCAAGAUCCAACAACACUUUGCCCUCGGUAUCUCGCUAGGUGGCCACGCAACCUGGCAUUGCUUGCUUGGUGAUCCCCGAAUCACUGCGGGCGUUGUCGGUAUCGGUUGUCCAGACUAUACGCGUUUGUUGACUGAUCGCGCGCGUUUAUCAAAGCGCAAGACAUACACGGAAACUACGCCACCCGGUAGCGCAUUCCUUGGUUCUCCAGACUUCCCACAGGCGCUACAGGACACGAUUGCGCAGUAUGAUCCUGCAGGUUUAUUGCUCCCCGGCAUGUUCAACCCUCUAGGGAAUGACACACUACCCGACCAAGCUCAGUUAUCCAGGAUGAAAGCGCUGAUGAAGGAAAGGCUUCAGGGCAAACGCAUCCUAAACCUCAGCGGGCAGGCAGAUAAGCUCGUUCCGUACGCUGCUGGUGAGCCUUUUUACAAGGUCUUCAAACAGAUACUAGCGGAAAACCCAAGCCUUGACAUUGUGUUUGAAGAUGUGCUAUUCGAGGGCGUAGGACAUGCCUUUCCGAAACCCAUGGCAGACAAAGCAGCAGAGUGGUUAUGUGAUAUUCUGGCUAAGGGUGAUGGACCUGUGUCAAGUAAGAUUUAG